ACCACAAUAUCAACUUAUAUGUAUGGUAUACACACACAAACACACAGUGACACAAAUAUAUUGUCUAAUUAAUAUAUUAAUUGUUUGUAGGGGAUAAUAAAUCCGACUGGAAAAGUCGAUCAAAACGCCAGCUAGAGAGAGAAAGAGAGUGGCACAGAUAUGUCAGUUGAGCCCCCUCCGUUCCAGGAAUCCUCGCGCUGCGACGUCUGCAAAUGCAGCUUCAACACCUUCCGGCGACGGCAUCAUUGCCGAUGUUGUGGCAAGACUCUAUGUGCUGAACACUCGUCAAAUCAAAUGGCCUUACCGCAAUUUGGCAUUUACUCAGGUGUUAGAGUUUGCUCUGAUUGCUUCAACAAUACUUCUCGAUCUUGGAAAGAUGAUGCACCAGCUUCUUUGGACGGAGUCAAUCAUGUAACAGAUAAAGUUUCAAGAUUAGACAUUGGUGCAGUUGCAGAAUCCAAUCCCAAACCAGCUAUUGAGCAAUUCCCUGUUGUAGGCAUGCCAGAGUGCAAAUGUGGAAUGCCUUUAUGCAUUUGUGAGGCUCCAGCUCCAGCUCCAGCUCCAGCUCGGGAUGGAAUAACUUUGCAUAGCAAAACUACUUCUACUUUUCCAGCCCAGUCAAACCCAAAACCAAAGAAGAUAGAUACGACACCAAAGAGUAGAGGUUCUACAUCAAAUAGCAAGCAUAGCACUGUUUUCAGUCUUGGUCAAUCGAGCAAUGGGAGUUUGCAGAAAUCUCAGAUGGAUUAUGAAGUUAACGGAGAGGGUUUAAGAGAAGCAAUAAAGAAUGGUGAUACUGCCGGUGUCAAGAAGCUUCUGAGUGAGGGUGUGGAUGCAAAUUACUGUGACAAGCAAGGAUUAUCUCUGCUACAUCUGGCAGCAGUUUUCAAUCAGACUGAUAUAGCCUUUGCCCUUAUGGAAUAUGGAGCAAAGGUGGACUUCAAGAAUUCACAGGGAGAAACACCACUGGAUUGCGCUCCUGUUACGUUGCAAUACAAGAUGCGAAAGAAGAUAGAAGAAGGUGAGCAAUCUGGCCCACACAUCAUCUGCUGAGAGCAACAUUUUGUUUCUAUGUUAGCUCUAUAAACUUGCUUGCUUCCUUUGAAAAUAAAAAGAAAUGGAAGUGAUAGUGAUCCAAUUUUAUGUAGAGGUGUGUAAUAAACUAAUUUCCAAGGUGUUAAAAAUCUCUCGAGUCCAGUGCUCUAAUUGAAGUUUGUAGUGAAAUAAUAUUUCAUCCAUAUAAUAUUGUUAAGGGUUGCCCAUUGAUGCAUAUUUAGAAGAAUGUAUAAGCAGAAUUUAAUAUGGGUUGUCCUGUAAUUUGCUUUGCUGUAAGCAGGAACAGGAACUUAUAUAGGCAUGUGGUGAUCCUCAUUACAUGCCUUUACUUUUUGUCA